AUGAGAGAGAUUUAUCCUAAAUUACAAUCUAAAGAUGAUGUUGAAUCUUUAAGAGCUAUGUCUAGCACAAUAUUAAUUAAAAAUUGGGACCUGCCUCCCAGGAAUGCAUCUAAAAAGAAAUCAAAAAUGAAAUCAAAUAACUCAUCACCAUCAGAUCAAAAUAAUACAGCACUUGAUUCUGAAAAAAAAAAACAAAGAAAUAGGGAUGCUCAAAGAGCUUUUAGAGAAAGAAAUGCUAAUCGUGUAACUCAACUGGAACAAACGGUGGAGAGUUUACAAAAUUUAGUACUUAAAUGGCAAACGAUGUUUCACAAUAUAGACUCAGAAUUAAAAAAUUCCAAAUCUAUGCUAGAAUCUACCUUAAAGGAGAAUAUUAGAUGCAAAGAUAAGAUUAAAGAAUUAGAAUUAGCAUUAAAGGAAUCUCCCGCUACUAAGGACAAUUAUUCAUUAAAUGAAAUUGAUUUUUCUGAAAUUUAUGCUAUAAAGAAAGCUAAUAAACCAAAGAAAGGCAGGAUUCAGAAAAAAGAUAUUCCUAUAACCCAACUUAAUUUAAAAUCACUUUUAAGUGAAAUAAAACCAAUGAAAGCUGUUCCUCUACCUACAUCUAAAAUUUUGAAACAAGAUAAUAAUACGUCUAAUAUGGCUGAUGAAUAUAUACAGCCAAAAACAAUCCAAUUUGAUUCUGCUACUGUUUCAUGUGGAUUUUGCACAGAUUCGAGUACCUGUGUCUGUAGAGAAUUUGAAAAAGAUACAAUUCAAACAAACGACGUAAUAGAACCAUGUGUCGGAGAAAAAUGUUCCUCGAACCCAGAAACAUGCACUAAAUGUGAUGACAUUGAAGCAACAUGUAUACGGCCCAUAGAUAAGGAAACUUAG